CUCAUCACUGCUGUUUCCUAAUAUCUGUUGGAAGUUCCCCUGCUCUGAAUUCAUCCCACCUCGUCCUGUGAAAUUUGUACCGAUCUCUUCAGGAUUCAAAAAUGGAAGACUAUGAAUCUGAUCUAUAUAAUGAAACAGAAGGAUUUUUUGAAUAUGAUAUUAAUGCAUAUCCUUGUAAUAAGAGUAAUAUCCGGGAUAUGAUUAAUAAUAUUAUGAUAUAUGUUUAUUCUGUAAUUAUGGUUCUUGGCCUUAUUGGCAAUGGAUUGGUGAUAACUACCUAUGCGUUCUACAAGAAACCCAAGUCCAUGACUGAUGUUUUUCUCCUUAAUGUGGCCAUAGCAGACAUACUGUUUGACCUCUCUCUUCCAUUAUUUACAAUCAAUCAAUUGAAUAACUGGAUAAUGGGUAAUUUCACAUGCAAACUGCUCAAAGGCAUCUACAGCGUUAACUUGUACAGUGGCAUGCUGCUGCUUGCUUGCAUUGGCUCUGACCGCUACAUUGCCAUUGUUCAAGCAAGGAGGUCAUUCAAUCUUCGGUCAACUGCCCUGAUAUACAGUCAUGUUAUUUGUUUUUGUGUUUGGUUGGUAGGAAUUGCUGUGUCCCUACCCACUUUCAUAUUCUAUGAGACUUUUGAAGUGAACAACUCCACAGUGUGUGAUCACAGGUUUCAGGACAAUGAGACAGCUAUCAUUUUAAAGACAGCAAUGCCCGCCAUUCAGCUCUCUGUUGGCUUUUUCCUUCCUCUCGUCAUUAUAAUCUUCUGCUAUUCAAGCAUUAUUUUCACACUGUUGCACACCCGUAAUUUCCAGAGGCACAAAGCUGUGCGAGUUGUUGUGGCAGUGGUGAUUGUUUUUGUGUUCUGCCACCUUCCUUAUAACAUUGUUUUUCUAAUCAACUUAAUGCGGAAAUUUAGAACAGACCGUUUCUGUCUGGAUGAAACAAACCAUUCCAAGAUGAUAAUCCUUACGGAGACCUUGGCUUUCUUCCAUUCAUGUCUAAAUCCGGUACUAUAUGCAUUUAUUGGUGUCAAGUUUAGGAACCACUUCAGAAAGAUUUUACAAGACCUGUGGUGCAUCAGCAAGAAAUACAUAUCUGUCAGACGACCUUCAAGAUUUACAUCAGAAAUGUACAUGUCCCGCAAGACCAGCGAGGUGUAUGACGUCGAUAAUGGCUCAUCUUUUACAAUGUAGGUUUUGGCUUUCUCCUUUCUGGGUUGGAUUGCAUGGCUGCAGUCUGUAAUCUACAAAAGCAAGCCAAUAUGAAGAGCUGGUUUACGGCGAAAAAACAAUGGCAUCUUUGAUUGUCAAGAAGACAUGUGAAUAUUUUAUAUUUUUUAUUUGAAAGGAACAGCAGACAAUAAUGUCAAAUCUAUUUUUUCUUUGUAACAGGAUCUGGUCCAAAACAAUUAUGAUCCUUUUGAAAGAACUUUGCAGUCUUAAAACCUGAGCAGAAAUUAAUCCCCGGACCCGUCAUCUAAAUGCCACACCAUCUAGUUGUUCAUCUUCUAUAUUCACCCCUAUUUUCAAUUACAUUCUGGACCCAGCUGUCAGUCAGCCAACCGUUAAAAGUGGUAUACACAAGCAAAAAAUAACUGCUUGAAAUUUGGAGUGCUCCAGAAUAAAUCAGAUGAUUCUACUCACUCAACCUGCCAAAUCUAUCAUUCAAAUGGAAUCUUUCAAGAAUGAUACAGGACUUCUUUACAGUAGAAAUGUCUUCCUUUUGGAUUCAAAGUUGUAAUUUACAUUCUUUUUGCUUGCCGACUGUAUUCUGGAUCAGCACACUUAAAGUUAAUUGUUAAGUUUAACCAAUUGAUCAAGAGGGAGAUAUGGUAGCAUUGUGGUUAGCUUUGAUGUCACACAAGCCUUGGCAGCUCUGGUGUAAAUCCCUUCUGCUUAUGUCUACAUGUUAUUCUCUAGAGCAGGGGUGUCGAAUUCCGGUCCUGGAGGGCCGCAGUGGGUGCAGGUUUUCAUUAUAACCAUCUCCUUAAUUAGUGAUCAGUUUUUGCUGCUGAUUAACUUUUUUGCAUCUGUUUUAAUUGACGUGACUCAGACCCCUUAGUUGUUUCUUUGUCCUUAAUUAGCAGCCAAACAAUAACGAGACACAAAACAAGCAACCAUAUGACCAGCUAAACUGUGCCCAUCACACAAUAGCUGAAAAUAAAGAAAGGUGAAGGUCUUAGUAAAACAGAACAUUUUGGAAAUGUCUGCUGUGGCAAAAUGAGAGCAGCAACAAGCCAUGGAAUUAAAUGACGGGUUCAAUUAACAGCAAGAAUCAGCAUCUCAUUAAGAAAGUGAUUGGAGUGAAAUUGGUUGGAGUUUGAACCCCCCAGUUUAAUUGAUAAUCUGUUGGCUCACUUCACAUCUCAUUUCUGUUUGGCUAUCAUUUAAUGAAGAAAAGAAUCAAUUCUGGGGACUGAAUCCUUAAAACAGGGCUAAAGAAAAGAAGUUAAUUAGCAGUGAAAACUGGUCACUUAUGAAAAUGGUUAGAAUGAAAACCUGCAGCCACUGUGGCCCUCCAGGCCUGGAUUUUGACACCCCUGCCCUAGAGGCUACAUUUUCCUCCUAGAUCUUAAAGAUUACUUUAAAUUGGUGACCCUACAGUUUCUCACAUGAGUGAGUGUGGCUGCACAUACCAUGCAAUGGACUGGCAUCUCUUUUAGGGCUGGGCCUACUUUGUGUCUGAGGUAUGAUAGACCACCAGAAUCCAAUGAUGUUGGAAACAGGCUGGGAAAUGGACAGGUGGCUGGAUAUGUUGAUGGUUGGUUAACUCAUAAAGAUGGUGUCAAAUAAAGUGAGGAACACAGAAAAAGGUUUGGGGUAGUCACCCAGUAUACUUGAAGACUGGGUGAAAACAAAAAACAAAAAGUCCUCAAUAUCUCUUUACAAAGUUGAGUCCAAAACAGAUCUCUUGUAUGGCUAAUAAAAUGGCAUUUUUAAAGUCGGAUGGGGGAAGUGAUGCCAUCGGGCCCAGAAUUGGAAGUGACGUCAUCGGCCCCAGGUGGAAUCUCCCUUGGGUGGUAUGCAGAAGAAAGAAAGAAAGAAAGGGUUAGUGCACACUGCCACCCCCUGGUCCGGCAUGGAAUUACCCCCUUUCAAGCCCUUUAGCUGCCUCCCAUGAGUAUGUGUGUGACAAUAGUUAAAAAGAAAAGUAAGAAUACAAGCAUAUUAAUUAAGCUUGUACAUGCAUUCUUUUUUCAUGUUUCUCUACAUGUUAUCUUUUUGUAUGUUUCAAGGCCUAUAAACACAAUUUUUAAAGGUUCAGUGUUUAAUCAACAUGCCAAAAAUAAUGCUUUGUGCCUUUUUAUAUGUAUAAAACAUAAAGAUGUAUUUAUUUUUGUAACAAUCGAUCUUUUAUUUGUUACUCAACAACACAAAAAUAAAGCUAUCACAAUGUACAGUUUGUAUCAUAAACAAGGUGAAAAAUGUAAAUUGUUCAGCAGGAUAUUUGACAAAUAUUUCUAAGUGCUGUCUCAUGCUAUCUGUGUAGUUUAAUGACAAUGAGAAAUUCUGAUUUAUUGUAAAAUGAGUUUGCUGCUUGGUAAAAUUUACUCAACAGCUUACAAGGCAAUGCCUUCAUGAUAAAAUUUGUUGCUGAAUCUUUUUAGAGAUAUAAACAUUAUUAAUUGGAAGAAAAAUAUUGGCAAAUUCAGCUUUUUCAGAAUGGUACUGAUUUAAGAAAAAUAUGUCACCAGAUACAUUUAUGUAACAGUUUUUUGCCAUUAACUGUUUUGGUUAUUUUUAUGUAAAACGGUUUUUAACAUAUUUUCCCAUCUAGUUUUUAAAUAUUUAUUUAAAUAAUUAGACUUGGAAAAACUUUGUUGAAAAUGCUUUUGUAUGAUAUUUUUUGUUGUUGUUGUGUUUUGUUUGCAUUUUUGGAUAUAUUUCAAAAUAAACAUUUUAUAUAGCAUUGUCUUUCCUACUAUACUUUGGGUCAGCAGUUACUUAACUGAAUGCUCAAUAUUAUGUGAAAAAAUAUAUAUUCUUAAUUUUCUGAAACUUUUUUUUAUAUUGACAGAUGGUUUACAAUUUAAGAAUG